AUGCUUUCCCUGCAACUCGCACAUCAGCUUUCCGGCAAACACAUCCUCCUUGUGGGGGCUGGCGAGGUCGCCAUGACACGAAUCCCGAAGCUCCUUCCCACAGGUUGUAAGCUUACAGUAAUAGCGCCCGAGAUACAUGGCGAUAUGUGGAAGCACUUUGAUGUGCCUGAGGAUAAUGACACAGUAGAGCAUACCGAUGAGCAUUGGAGCCCUGAAAAAAACAAGAUCUUUCAGAUAUUUCGGCGCGGAUUCAGAAAUACAGACAUUGUGCUCCACGGGAAUGGCUUGACAGACAAUGCUGACGCGCAGUCCUUUUUGAACGGGGAGCUGGAUCCAAUUGAAAGUUACGAUCACAAUAAAGCAAGUGGAUGGCACAUGAUUAUGACGUGCAUACCGGACCCAGUACUAAGCGAGAAAAUCUACCGCGGUGCGAAAUUGGUUCUUGGGCAGCACGUCCUGUGCAAUGUGGCGGACAACCCGCCACUGUGUGACUUCUACUUUGGCAGUAAUGUGACUCUGGGGAAAGGCGGUAAACCCAUUCAGAUUAUGCUUUCCUCCAACGGUAACUCCCCGCGAUUCACAGCUUUGUUGAAAAACGAAAUUGAGCGCCAGUUUGGGGACCUGCCUAUUGGCGAGAGCGUAGCGAAACUCGGGCAGCUUCGUGCGCGUAUCCGGAAAAUAUCCGAAGAGCGCUGUCCUGCAUCACUGAGCAAGCCAGAACUUAUCAAAUACAGAAUGGAGUGGAUACGCAACUGCACUGACGCUUUCGGAGUGUCUCACUGCCAUGAGAUUAACGUGGACAAAACCGUAACAUUGUUCGAAGAUAUGUUCGCAAGCAUGAGCUUAGAGCAGCCUGACAAUGAAAAGUACAUGAAAGAGUACCUCGAAUGA